AUGCCCCCCUCAUUCACAUCCAAGGCCCUCCAAGCCACGGGCGUGCUCACCUUUUUCGGCCUCGCCAGCUUCACCGUGUGGACCAAGCACAGCCGCUUCAGCACGCCCCGGGAAUUCAACCCGGCGACGGACGCCCUAUUUCAGAGCGAGUGGGUGAGGAAGUUCAAUCCCCGGAACCACGCGGCGACCUAUGAUGAGUGCGUGAGGCGGAUUGGGUUGCAGAAGGUGCGGGCUGAGUUGGUGGAGGAUGCGCAGAGGGGGUGA